GGUAAAUCCUAGCUGCCUUGUCAACAUCUUUGGGCAUCUGCAGCACCGGAGGCCCUGAACUCGCCAGUGCUGUACUUCCCGUCAUUCUCCAGAAGUCGCGGAACAGCAGGAGCUGUAAGAACAUCCUUACGAGCUUUGCCAGUAACUUCAAUCUGGAGGGAGACAGAUGUGUCUGCUUAAUAGCCAGGCUGUCUGGAAGCAGGAGAAAGGGGUGGUCCAGGCAUGACAAGAAAUGGCCCAGGAUGUGAAGAAUUCCAGCAGGCAGGAAGCUAUGUGAAAGAAUCUUCUGAUGUCACAAUUUCUGGGUGUCACUGGAACAUUUGAUCGUCAUUUCUUUGGCAAGUCUAUCCUUCUAUGGAAAGUCAGUAGAAGCAAUUGAUUUAUUCACCUCUACAGGAAUCAGACUUGGCCUAUUUUGGAUUUCAGUGAAUUAUGCCUUUUCGGUUUGGGACCCAGCCAAGGAGGUUUCCGGUGGAAGGAGGAGAUUCUUCAAAUGGGUUGGAAUCAGGCCUGAGCUCCAGUGCUGCCUGUAAUGGGAAAGAGACAUCACCCAAUAGGCAACUCCGAAGAUGCCCUGGAAGUCAUUGCCUGACAAUAACUGAUGUUCCCAUCACUGUCUAUGCAACAAUGAGAAAGCCACCUGUGCCAAGCAGCAAGGAAAUGCAUCCCAAAUAGCAGCAUUAAGUCUCUGUCGAGGGUUGACUAGGAUCAAGGGUAAUGGGCCGGUAUCAUCCUGUGGUCUG